AUGCCCAGUCCUCUCCGUGCCGCGGAAGUGUUCUUCGCUCAAGGGGAACCCCUAUCUCUUCCAGGGGAGCUCUCUUUGUCUUGAUUCGCCCGAAAUGUGACGCCUGAUCAAAUAAGUGUACAGAUAUUGAGUGGUAAAGGUGAACUGAAAAACAUCGAGCUGAAUGAAGUUGUUCUGACCGAGGUUCUUGAGCUACCAACAUGGUUGAGGAUCAAGCGUGCUGGAUGUAAUCGUGUUGCUAUUAAAGUACCAUGGACUCGUUUGAAGUCUUCGCCUGUUCAAUUGUUUGUUGAUGAAAUCCAAGUAGAAGUAGAACUGACGUCCGAUGCACCCGUGUCAACAGGCUCGAAUCCAUUAAGCAGUUUCGGUGAAUCGUCAUACGGUUUUGCAAAUCGUGUUAUUGAAGGGAUGUCGCUCUAUGUAAAUACGGUCGAGAUACGCUUUGAUUCUGGUGUUUUUGGAGGUUCUUUAAUGUUAUCACGACUAUCGGUUGAAAGUAAAAGUCCUGGCUGGCAAUCGAUUUCAGAUCUACGUUACGGUCGCAUUAUAGAUUCCAAUUCGAAUCAGUUACUUAUGUUCAAGCAGGUAACAUGGCAACUGUUACGAAUUGAAGCAUCUGCCCAGUUGGAACCUUCACAACGAUCUAAUAUAAACGCGCCAUUAAGAUUAAUCACUAGUAAUGGCAAAAGUCGAAUUGCUGUCAAAAAAUCGUCCAUAGAUGGGAGUGUGCUCGGUGGACGUAUUCAAACCAUUCUUGAGGAUAUUCUAUGGGUUGCUACAUUACCGCAAGUGAGAUCAGCAUUAGCAUUCUAUAGUCAUAUGAUGAAACUGAUCAAAGCUGCACCAAAAAAACGAGUAAAUAAUCAUUUAUCACCACAAAUGAAACCAUCAAAUGUUGCUGCACAACAACGUUCGUCUACACCGAAUCUUGCUUCAAAAGCGUUUCGAAAUUUUGAUUUCGAUCAAACUUCAUAUCAUUUAUACGUUGGCAAAAUCGAUCUGCAUCUUUGUGAUGAUGUGCAUGCUGUUUCAUCAGGUUAUCCGAAAGAUUGGGAUAUCGAUAGUGGUGCAUUACAAGUAACACUAAUACGGCUUUCCAUCGAUAUCUACCCGUCCAAUGUGGCCGCAUCGGAUCGUUUGAAUUGGGUGCGUUAUGCAGCACCAAAUCAAUGCUCAACAUGGAUCCAACAAAUAUUGAAAUCACACUAUCAGUUGCUCACUUCACGAAUGGAUUCUAAUGCUCAAUCACGUUUCUCGCGUAUUUGGCCACAGUUGCAUUCACAAAAUUGUGUAUUGCGUAUUCAUGAUGUGGUCGUACAAUGUGUUACUGACGCUAACUCUAAACGAGAUGCUCUCUUCAACUUGUUCGCUUCGGAUCGCAAGUCAAAAGCUUCACUGCCCUCAGAUCAGCCUCUCAUUCAUCUCGAAUUCGCUUCUUUCUAUCAUCCAGCCACCGAAACUAUGCCCAUGCCUCCGAACGCGACCCAUCUACUAGUGGGUCCGUUUUCGUUUCUAUUCGACCAAAGAACCAUUCGUUGGGUAUUGUAUGUAUAUGAAGAUAUCAAUAAUGCUUUGCAAUCGUUAGAUGCUCCAAUCGAGAUGGAUUAUAUGCCCAAAACUGACGUUCGUAUUGAUCUGCUAAUGCCCAAAAUAAUUAUUCCGUUGGGUGAUGGUCGAGGUGCAGUGAGAAUGGAUAGCAGAACGCCGAAACGUGUAGUUAUCAGCAUGAGCACCGUUCUAGUCACCAAUUGUGAAUCAGCACAUAGCUACGAUUCGUGCUCCUUCUUCAAGUCAUUAUCGUCGAAUCUCAUCGACUUCAUUGAUGACACCACUCAGUUGAACAACCUCAAUAUUGAUUCAUUCCGACAGUUCAUCAUUCUUCUGAAUCAAUCUCAGUCCGUUGUUGAUCCUUCUACAACUCGCGAGAAGGGUGAGGAUCGUUUCUGGAUAAGCACAUCGCCGAUAUGGGUAGAUACAGAUCGAGGCGAAUCAUCCAGACCCACACCACUUCUUGGUGACGUUGCUCUACAUGCGCUCUGUGAUAUCUCGUCGAAACAGGUGAAUAUUGCUGUACAACCGCAGUGUCGAAUACGGGCUGUUCUCAAUCACUUUCAAUACAUUCAGUUAACACGUUUAUUAACAACGAUCUCAUUAUUUAUCGACCAGUUAGAUGCUGAUCAAAAGUUUUUUACUGCCGAUCGCAGUAACGGUAAUUUAUCAAUACCGAUCGCUGUUUUGUGUCUUAUCGAUCAGAUAGAACUGAAUAUAAUGUUAGCACGUGGUGCAAUCAUGAGUCCAUAUGAGUGUCGAUCAGCGAGAAAUGAACGUGAACAACAUCCAUCUGAUAACUCGUCUUCGAUUGUAUCAGGUUGGUUCUUUUGUGCAAUUUCUUAA